AUGUUCUCCAAGAAGUUCCUACUUGGUUUAUUGGCUGCUUCACCAGCUCUAGUCCAAGCUGUGUUACCAAUCCAUGCUAAAAGUUACCGUUUCAUUAGACCUUCUUCCCCAGAUAAUGAUCCAAGUGACAACGAGGUCUUUUUCAUUAAAGGUGUAGAUUACCAACCUGGUGGUUCUUCUGCUUUCAAGAAUGAUGGAUCUGAAGAUGUUUUAUCUGAUGCUGAAACUUGUGCUAGAGAUGCUGUUGUCUUCCAACAGUUGGGUAUCAACACUGUCCGUGUCUACUCUUUAAACCCUGAUAUCAACCAUGACAAGUGUAUGACUAUCUUAAAUGAUGCUGGUAUUUACGUCAUUCUAGAUGUCAACAGUGGUAAUUACGGUGAAAACUUGAACCGUGCUGACCCUUCAGGUUCUUACAACUCUUUGUAUUUGGGUAGAAUUUUCAGAUUCAUUGAAGCUUUCAAAAAUUAUCCAAACGUUUUGGGUUUCUUUGCAGGUAAUGAAAUUAUCAACGAUGAGAAGAACUAUGCUUCUAUCGACCCACAAUAUAUCCGUGCUGUUCAAAGAGAUAUGAAACAAUAUAUUGCCAAACACUCUAACAGAACCAUCCCAGUCGGUUAUUCAGCUGCUGAUAAUGUCCAAUUGAGAUUGGCUACUUUCAAAUAUUUACAAUGUAAUGUUUUGAACGGUACUACCAUCAAUAAAGAAUUGGAAGAAUCUAAAUCUGAUUUCUUUGGUUUGAACACUUACGGUUGGUGUGAUGGUGAUGAUUGGACCAGUUCUGGAUAUUCUAUCAUCAACUCUACUUUCACUGACGCUGUCAUCCCAUUAAUUUUCUCUGAAUAUGGUUGUAAUAAGAAGACCCCAAGAACUUUUGAUGAAGUUUCUGAAGGUUUAUAUGACGGUUUGGUAGAUGAGUUUUCAGGUGGUUUAGUUUAUGAAUUUAACGAAGAAGCUAACAACUAUGGUUUGGUUAAAUUAGACAGCGAUGAUAACUUACAAUACAAGGAUGAUUUUGAAAACUUACAAAAGCAAUACGAUAGUCUAAAGUUACCUUCCAUCAAGGAAUCUUCUGUCGCCAACGAUACCCUAUAUAAAUGUGACGGUGCCGCUAUUACAUCUAUUUACUCUGGUUUUGGUGUCAUGAAUUUCAGUUUACCAGCCCAACCAACUGAUAUCGCUAGUAUGAUCAAGAACGGUGUCGCUGCCAACAAUACUGGUAGCUUGUUGAGUGACUACACUGCUCCAACCUUCAGCUAUACCAUUAAAGAUGCUGAUGGUAAUGUUCAAACCCCAACCCUGUCUAUCGAUUCUACUAACUUGAUGAAUGCUUUAAGCACCGCUUUCGUUGCUGAUGUAUCAUCUACUGGAUCUUCUUCUGUCACCUCCACAAGAGCUUCCUCUUCCUCUUCCUCCUCCUCCUCAUCAUCUUCAGCUAACUCUACUUCUUCUAAUUCUUCCAAGUCUAAGGGUGUUGCUGCUAUCAAUGUUCCAGCAGGCUCAGGCUUGUUUGUAUUAUUAAGUGGUUUAAUCACCGGUUUGUUAUAG